UGAACUGACUCAACCGGACUCAACCCAUCCAUGUUCAGGUGUCAAAAUAUUGUUAAAUGAAGUAUUUUAAGUGCUUCUUCCUAACGUUAUCUGAUCUGAAGGAAAUAAUAUUGUUUGGAUUUCACUCGACAACGACUUGAUCUGUUUUUUGAAGGCCUGCUAGCAUUGUCAAUAGAGCUGGUGUGGGAGUCAGGCUUGAAUGCAGAAGACAGUUGCUGUCCUAGGGGGAGGGAUAGGGGGCCUGUCUGCCUGCUAUCACCUCAGUAAGAGUCCCCAGGUCUCCAAGGUUGUGGUGUUGGAGGGCAGUGAGCGUUGCGGAGGCUGGCUAAGCUCCACGCGCAGAGAGGAUGGGGCAGUGUUUGAGCAGGGGCCGCGAGGGGUCCGCCCUGCAGGAGCAGUGGGGAAGAACACACUCAACAUGGUGUCUGAGCUGGGACUAGAGAGCGAAGUGCUUCCUGUCACUUACGAUCAUGUGGCCUCCAAAAACCGCUACCUCUACGUUGGGGGACAGCUCCACAAGAUGCCGACUAGUCUGGGUGGAGCGGUGCAGACAGUUCCUCCUUUUUCUCGGCCCUUACUGCUAAGUGUGUUGAAGGAGGUCCUGAUUAAGAGGAGCAAGGAGGAUGACGAGUCCGUACAUGCCUUCGUCUCCAGAAGACUAGGAUCUGAGCUAGCGGACAUCGCCAUUGACAGUCUGUGCCGAGGCGUGUUUGCUGGCGACUGCAGGACCCUGAGCGUGCGCUCCUGCUUCCCCCCUCUCUACAAUGCCGAGAAGGCCAGAGGCUCCAUCGUGCUGGGCAUGGUGUUCGGCUCCGGAGCUCUCCCAACAGUGACCCCAUCCGACCUGGCGACGCGGUCCGUCAAGGAGUCGUGGGCUCAGUGGUCCUUGCGCAGAGGUAUGCAGAUGCUUCCGGAAGCUCUUGAAGAUUCCUUCAAGAGGAAAGGCAAUGUGGAAUUGCACAGGCACGCCUCGGUGAAGACACUGAAUGCUACUGGCACUGGCUGGGAGAUUAAGCUUGAAGAUGGAGGCACUGUGAAGGCAGACCAUGUCAUUUCAGCAUUGCCGGCAAAUUCCCUGGCCUCGAUACUGCCCCCUGCUGCUCAACCCCUCUCACAACAGCUUCAAGAGAUCUCCUCGGUGACGGUGGCCGUGGUGAAUCUGGAGUAUGAGGGUUCCGUCUUGCCAGUUACGGGCUUUGGACACUUGGUCCCUUCCUCAGAGGACCGUGGGCUAUUGGGUGUGGUGUACGAUUCCGUUCCCUUCCCACAACAUAACGGCACCGGAGUACCAUCCACCAGACUCACGGUGAUGAUGGGAGGCGCGUGGUUCCACGAAGUCUUCGGCGACCCUGAGGGUGUGUCGAAAGAGAGACUGCUGGAGAGAGCGACCCAGGCUGUGACCUCUCACCUCGGGGUCACGGCGGUUCCUAUCUGGAGUCUUGUGGCUCUGCUUAAGGACUGCAUUCCUCAAUAUCAUCUUGGUCACUGGAAGCGAAUAGAGACCAUGAGGACGUACAUCAGUGACCACAGCCUCCCCCUCACACUGGCAGGGGCCUCCUAUGACGGCGUCUCAGUCAACGAUGUCAUCUUCAGUGGACGGACAGCAGCAGAGAAGCUGGUGGGGAUAGUGUAAGUGUGUUAGAGUGCCAUCCGUGCAUUUAUGAUGAAGUUACUGUUGCACUUAACCUAUUUUUUUGCUUAGUUUACAUUUGCUAGUAUUUGCCAUGAUUUUUUUUUAAAUAUAAUUUAACGCUAUGCAGGAAAAUAGCAAUGUUGACCAUUUUUAGUCUCCAUAGCAUAAAUAAUUCUUAUAUUUUGCCUUCAGUUCCCAACAAAUUAUUAUCAGCUUUCCAUUUCAUUUUUUUGAGUGUGACAAAUUACAAGUUUGUCGCUCCCUUUUUAAUCCCUAAAGUUGUAAUUGUUCCAAGAGCUUGAAACAUAUUCACUAAACUAAUCUUGUUCAGGUUUAAGCACACUAUCAAUAUAAAAUACUUCAUGUCUGUAUUUCCCAUCGUUGUCCCUGUUCCUUGUGAUAAAGGAUCAGAAACACACGUAUGCAUUUAGCAAAGUGACAUUCAGGAGUAUGGCUGUGAAUGUGUUGUGACUGUGCCUUUCUACAGUUGUGAAUGUGAAUGUGACAUUGCUUACUGAAUCUGGCAUCUGGUGGUGUUCAUGCUCCAUACGGGUACAUCUCCGCCAAGGCGGCCCAUUUGCUCCAAGCCGGUCCAAGCCUGCAGCUAGAACAGCAGCCCUUUGAAGCUUGGCUCUCCCUAAGCCUCCCUCACUGUGAGCGCUGACCGCCCAUAUGAAGAGACUGGUUCAGGUAGAACUAGUCUUCCUUAGAGUGUGCAAAUCAAUCAUUCAAAUGUGACCAUAUCUAGAGUUUAUGAAGAAACUGCAUCUUUAUUUAUUUAAUACAAUUUGAUCAUAAUUAUGUAUUUUUGUACAUGUAGAUCUUUGUUUUGGCAAGCUGAGAAAUUGACAAAUGAAUAGUUUUGCUAUGCCAUUGUGCUCUGUGUCAUUCGAUCUGUUUUUGUAUCUGUAUUUGUGAUUGCAAGAGCAGGAGAAUUAAAAGGGAUAUUAUGUCA